AUGGCGAGCACAGUCUCCGUCAAGUCUCUCGCCAUAACCCUCCUCGCCAGUCACGUUUCCUUGUGCGACGGCGCCGUGAUAAAUGCCAGAUCCGAUGUGCCUCCUGGAUAUGUUGCCGCGCCCUAUUACCCAGCGCCGUACGGCGGUUGGACGUCGGACUGGUCAGACAGCUAUAGGAGAGCCAAAGAAGUCGUCGACAGGAUGACCCUAGCUGAGAAGACGAACAUCACCUCUGGAACUGGCAUCUACAUGGGGUAUGUCUUGAUCGACCAUUUGGCCAACUCGCCAAGCCGUUGCGUUGGAAACUCCGGCAGCGCCCUCCGCGUCGGCAUCCCUCAGCUAUGCCUCGCAGACUCGGCAACCGGCGUUCGUCAAGCCGACAACGUUACUGUGUUCCCGUCAGGCAUCACAACCGGCGCCACUUUUGACAAGGACUUGAUGUACGCCAGAGCUGUUGCUAUGGGUAAGGAGUUCCGGGGCAAAGGCGCCCACGUAUAUCUGGGGCCGUGCGUGGGACCUAUCGGCAGGAAGCCUAGGGGUGGACGAAACUGGGAGGGCUUCGGAUCCGAUCCCGUCUUGCAGGGGAAGGCUGCUGCGCUGACGAUCAAGGGCGUUCAGGAGCAGGGCGUCAUCGCCACAAUCAAGCAUCUUGUGGGCAACGAGCAAGAAAUGUAUCGCAUGUACAACCCUUUGCAGCAGGGCUACAGUGCCAACAUCGGUGAGUCCCAUCUCGUGCGAGCGAGGCGUUCGGCCACUAACCGAGCAGAUGAUCGAACGCUCCAUGAGCUGUAUCUCUGGCCUUUCGCAGACGGUGUGCGGGAAGGCGUAGGCUCCGUCAUGACGGCCUACAACGCGGUCAACGGUUCAGCCUCUAGUCAGAACAGCUACUUGAUCAACGGUAUCUUGAAAGACGAACUUGGCUUCCAAGGAUUCGUCAUGAGUGACUGGCUCUCGCACAUGUCCGGUGUCGGCUCUGCCCUUGCCGGUCUCGACUUCAACGCCCCGGGCGACCAGCAGGUGCCACUGACAGGAUACAGCUACUGGAUGUACGAUCUCACCAGAGCCGUGCUGAACGGAUCUGUCCCUGUGGACCGCAUCAAUGACAUGGCCACCAGAGUCCUAGCAGCAUGGUAUCAGAUGGGCCAAGAUGAGGGCUUUCCCGCUACCAACUGGGCCACAGGAACCCGUGACAGGGUGGGAGACCUUUAUCCCGCAGCGUGGCCCUUCUCCCCGAGCGGCGUCGUCAACGAGUUCGUCCAAGUACAGGACAAUCACUACCUCGUUGCCAGACAGGUCGCACAGGAAGCCAUCACCUUGCUCAAGAAUAACGGCAGCCUUCUGCCCAUCACCACUUCAGCACCGAUCAAGAUCUUUGGCACCGACGCUCAGACAAACCCCGACGGACCCAAUGCUUGUGUAGAUAGGUCCUGCAACAAGGGCCUUCUCGGAAUUGGUUGGGGCUCGGGAACGGUCGACUACGAGUAUCUGGACGACCCGCUCACAGCCUUCAAGAAGAGGGCCGGCAACGUGGUGUACUACAGCACAGACUCUUUCCCGUCGGUCCCGGCUCCGACGGCGGAUGAUGUGGCGUUUGUUUUCAUCUCCUCUGACGCUGGCGAGAAUUCGUACACGGUAGAGGGCAACAACGGAGAUCGCAGUGCCUCCGGUCUCGAUGCCUGGCACAACGGCAACAAGCUCGUCAAGGAUGCUGCCGCCAAGUACCAAAAUGUCGUGGUAGUCAUCCACACGGUUGGACCGAUUCUCGUGGAUGAGUGGAUUGACCUCCCCAGCGUCAAGUCGGUCCUCGUGGCCCAUUUACCUGGCCAGGAGGCGGGAGAGUCUCUUGCCAAUGUCGUUUUUGGAGACGCGUCCCCCUCUGGCCACCUUCCAUACAGCAUGACCAAGAAGGAAUCCGAUCUGCCUGCAUCUGUCACCCAGCUGGUCGGGGGGUCUCUUUUCGGCCAACCCCAAGACACUUACUCUGAAGGCCUCUACAUCGACUACCGCUACCUCAACAAGAACAGCAUCAAGCCGCGCUUCGCCUUCGGUCACGGAUUGAGCUACACAAACUUCUCCUUCUCUGACGCAACCAUCAGCUCCGUAACACCCCUAAGCGUCUCACCGCCAGCCCGCCCAGCCAAGCAGGGCAUCCUCACGUACGAUGCCCCCAUCCCCGACUGGACUGAGGGCGUGGCGCCAGCCGGCUUCAACAAGAUCUUCAGGUAUAUCUACUCCUGGUGCACCGAGUCCGAGGCCAAAGAUGCCGUUGCUGCAUCCAAGUCGAAGACGUACCCUUACCCAGAGGGCUACAGCACCACUCAGAAGACUGGCCCCCCCGCCGGCGGCGCCCAGGGAGGAAACCCAGCGCUCUUCGACGUAGCAUUUACCGUCUCAGUCAAAGUGACCAAUACGGGCGCGAAGUACUCGGGCAAGGCCUCGGCACAGGCGUAUGUACAGUUCCCCGACGGCGGGCCCGAGACUCCCGUGAUCCAGCUGCGAGACUUUGAGAAGACAAAGAACCUGGCGCCUGGGGAAAGCACAACGGUGACGCUGGAGCUGACGAGGAGGGAUGUGAGCGUUUGGGAUGUGGUCAGCCAGAACUGGGUCGUGCCGAACCCGACGGGCAGGUACAAGAUCUGGAUUGGGGAGGCGAGUGACAAGUUGUUCUUGGCGUGUUACACAGACUCUGGGGACUGUGAGGAAGGACUCGAGAGCCCCGUCUAG